GAAGUUUGAAAGCAGAGCUCGACCCCUGAGUGAAGAUCCUCCAAUAAGCUUUCGGAAUUGAGUCACGCGCCUUCAUCUGCUUUGCCCAGAAAGCGAAUCCGACCUUUCUCCUAGACUCAGAGCGCUUCCGGCCAGACUCACCCCACCCUCCUUCCCCCGCCUUUCCGGGGUGCGCGUGCGCAGUGGAAGUGAGCGCCCCUCCUUCCUUUCUUUCCACACUUCGGGUCUCUUCCCCUUCUCUCGCAGACUGUGGGUGUGGUCGAUGUCCAGAGGAAGAGCCCGGAGAACCCGUUUUAGCGGGUUUAGUAAAACUGAUUUGGGGCCUCCCCACGAGUUGAUUUACUUUAUUUAGUUCCCUAGCUUUUCUCAUCCCCUCCCCGCCCCCAACUCUCGAAGUGGAAAAAAAAAAAAAGGCAAAUUCCAAACUCUCCUGGCCCGGGCGGAGCUAGUGCCCCUCCUAGAGCGCCCCCGCCUUGUAUCGUAUGUCAUUUUCCACAAUCUUCCUCCAAGAAAGUCUACCCAAACCUACCGUGCAUUAGUGGCCACAGGCUAUGGAGUCCGAAGACUUGCUGUGUGAUCCUGGGCAAGUCAAUCAAUUACUCUGGUCCUCGAGUUCUUUCUUCACCUAUGAAAUUGAGGAGGAUGAGCUAGAUUAGCACUUAAAUUGUCUUUUAUCUUGAAAUUUAGGAUCCUCCAUUCGCUGAUUCAACAUUUUUAUAUGUGGGGAUUCUGCCCCAGGUUGAGCAUGGGGGAAGGGCUGGGGUUAGGUGAAGAAAAGGAAAACUCAGGCUGGCAUUUUUUUUUCUUUUUCUAGACCCCUGGGGUCCCCAAGUGCCAUGGCUUUCUUGGGAGCCCAAACCAGUGCCAUCCUCCAAGAUCAGGGAGCAGAAGCGCCUACUCUCCUCUGCCCUUCAGUUCUAGUGCAGGAUGGAGAGGGCGAAGAGGAAGAACAAACAGAGACUUACUUGUGUGUGCUGUGGCAUUCUGGAUGCCUGGGCUUAGCCUACUAUGACAGUGCUGACUCCACCAUCUAUUUCUUGCCAGACACCCCUGACUGUGAUCACCUUAAACUUCUCCAGAGAGUUGUGGAUGAAAUCCACCCAAGAUCCAUCAUCACAAGUGCCAAGCAGGAUGAGAACAUGGCUCGUUUUCUAGGGGGCCUGGUCUCACCUGAGCACAAGGAACUGGGGAGCCCUGAAACUGUAUUGUUGCCCCGUGUGGAUUUUGGUCUAGAAAUCAGCAAACAGCGCAUCCUCUCUGGUAACUUUUCCUUCAUCCCAGAAUCCUUGACAUGUACUGAGAAAAUCCUCUUCCUCUCUUCCAUCAUCCCAUUCGAUUGUCCUCUCAUGAUACAAGCUCUAGGAGGAUUGCUCAAGUUUCUGAAUCGGAGAAGAGUCAGCGUGGAACUGGAAGACGGUAGUGUCAAUGUCCCAAUUCUAGGCUUCAAGAAAUUUGUCUUAGCAGAUCUCGUGAGCAUAGACCAGGAUACUUAUAGUGUCCUGCAAAUAUUUAAGAGUGAGACCCAUCCAUCGGUGUACAAAGUGGCCAGUGGACUGAAGGAGGGGCUCAGCCUGUUUGGAAUUCUCAACCGUUGCAGAUCCAAGAGGGGCGAAAAACUGCUCAGGCUGUGGUUGAUGCGGCCAACUCAAGACUUGGAGGAACUGAAUUCCCGUCUAGAUGUUAUCCAGUUUUUCCUGCUGCCUCAAAACCAAGAGAUGGCACGGACUCUGCACGGACUUCUGAGCCACAUCAAGAAUGUACCUCUUAUCCUGAAACGUAUGCUCCUGUCACAGACAAAGGUUAGCGACUGGAAAAUUCUCUAUGAGACAGUGUAUAGUGCUCUGGGCCUUCGAGAUACUUGUCGAUCUCUGCCUCAGUCCACCCAGCUUUUCCGGGAUAUCGCUCAAGAAUUUUCUGAUGACCUCUGCCACAUUGCCUGCCUCAUUAACAAAGUGGUGGACUUUGAGGGCAGCAUUGCUGAAAAUAGAUUCACUGUCCGACCCAACAUUGAUCCAGAUAUUGAUGAGAAGAAACGGAGGCUGAUGGGACUUCCCAGUUUCCUCACAGAGGUUGCCCGAAAAGAGCUGGAGACUCUGGAUAGCCGGAUUCCUUCAUGCUGUGUUCUCUACAUCCCUUUGAUUGGCUUCCUUCUCUCUAUUCCCCGCCUGCCCUUUAUGGUAGAUCGAAGUGACUUUGAGAUUGUGGGUCUAGAUUUCAUGUUUUUGUCUGACGAGAAGCUACAUUAUCGAAGUACCCGAACCAAGGAAUUGGACUCUAUCCUGGGGGACCUUCAUUGUGAGAUUAGAGAUGGAGAGACACUACUCAUGUACCAGCUGCAGUGCCAGGUGCUAUCCAGGGGGGCAAUGUUGAACCGCGUGAUAGAUCUUGCUUCCCGACUAGAUGUCCUACUGGCUCUUGCUGGGGCUGCCCGGGACUAUGGCUAUUCACGACCCCAGUAUUCCUCUAAAAUUCCUGGGGUGAGAAUACAAGAUGGCAGACAUCCACUGAUGGAGUUGUGUUCCCAUACCUUUGUACCAAACUCUGCUGAGAGUGGUGGAGACAGAGGAAGGAUCAAAAUCAUCACAGGCCCCAACUCAUCAGGAAAAAGCAUCUACCUUAAACAGAUAGGUCUGAUUACCUUCAUGGCUCUAGUAGGGAGCUUUGUGCCAGCAGGCAAGGCAGAAGUUGGAGCAGUAGAUGCCAUUUUCACUCGAAUCCACAAUUUUGAGUCAGUCUCCCUUGGUCUCUCCACAUUCAUGAUUGAUCUAAACCAGGUAGCAAAAGCUGUGAACAAUGCCACUGAGAGGUCCCUGGUCCUCAUUGAUGAGUUUGGGAAGGGAACUAACACGGUAGAUGGACUGGCACUUUUAGCCUCUGUACUCAGACACUGGGUGUACCAAGGACCCAACUGCCCCCAGAUCUUUGUUGCCACCAACUUUGUGAGCCUCAUUCAGCUGCAGCCUCCUGGAUCCCUUGUGGAGUAUCUGACCAUGGAGACCUGCAGGGAUGGAAAUGACCUCAUCUUCUUAUAUCAGGUCCGAGAAGGUAUUGCAAAUGCCAGUCAUGCCUCUUACACAGCAGCCCAAGCUGGACUCCCAGCUAAACUCAUUACUCGUGGAUUAGAGGUCUCAGAGUUGAUCCAAAAAGGAAAACCUAUUAAGCCUGAUAAAGGACUUUUAAAGGACAAUCAGAUAGAAAAUUGCCAGGCCUUGGUGGAUAAGUUCCUGAAACUGGAUUUAGAAGAUCCCGAAUUGGACUUGAGCAAUUUCAUGAUUCAACAAGUUCUACCUACGGCUUCCUCUAUUCUCUGAUCAGCCCU